AUGCAUCUCUCUGAAAUUGAAUUCAUCUGUAAAAUAGAGUACAGCGAGGACCAGAUACUUGUCUUUUAAUUGCAUUUUUUCCUAACAGUUAGAAGUUAAUUUGGCUAUUUAAACGGAGUAGGAAAUUUGCAAAUCCCCGAUGAAGGAUUUGAGCUGCCAACAAUGUUUUGCUAGCCAGCAAUUUCAGACCGCCUUCUUGCUGUAUUUUGAGGAGGCGUAGCUAGCGAAGUUAACGUUAUGUCACAGAUUGGAGGUUUGGUUAUGUCAGCCAACUAACGUUAGGCACAUGGGAAAUGGGCAUUACGGUGCUGUAAUAUAGAAUCUUUAUAUAUAGGUUGACAAAAUGGGAAGUCUUCAUACGAGCUAUUUUGACGUUAGUCACCAGCUCGGUGCAUGUUCUAUUCGGAUCUCGCGGAAUAAGGCCUACUAGUUCUUCUCUUGGAAAACAACACGGGUCUUUCACAAUGGGACAUGUAAGAGUCUGACGUAUUUUUCUGAUGAGUAAGGAGUGUUUUUGUCCGAAUAUCAGUUAAGUUGUCAACACUGCUAUAGCUAUACGUUUAUAGUCUGAGACGAAAAUGGAGACGGGAAUCCAAGCUCACCAGUUUGUCCACGCGGUAUCCAGCCCUAGAGCAGCGGAUAUAUCCACUGAAAUGCUCGAGGUGGCAGCGGAAGCAACCCGGGCAGGUGACUACGACCUUGCCGCGGAAAUCUAUAGCUCUCAGCUGGUGGACCUCCAACAUCCAGACCGGGGUCUCUGUUUGCUCAAAGCUGACGCUCUUGCCCAGGCCGGGCGAAUAGCGGAGGCGCUUGACUCGUACUGCACCGCGGCCAACAUUGGCAAACUUCGGCCGGACGAAUUGCAGCUUUUGGUUGUAAACAUAGCACGGACUCUUCGCGAGAAGGAGCUAAACAUUCAUGGGAAGGCAACGAGUUGUCAUAAAAGUGGGAAUGGAGACGAUGGUGUCGAUGCCGAUACAGAGGCAUUUGAGGACGAACCCCUGGACUUGUUUUCGUGCCGCCUUUGUAGGUGUUUACUGUCAGAACCAACCACCAUGGAGUGCGGCCAUACGUUUUGCAAACAUUGUUUAGAAAAAGAAACUGUCAAAGACUGCAUACAAUGCAAACAUAAACUGAACAAAAAAGACGUACAGAUCCUACCCAUUGGAUUUAGAGUAAAUGUCAUCCUCAGUAGUUUGUUGGAUAAAUGGUUCGACUCUGAAAGUAAAGCCAGGAGGCAUUGGAUAGAAGGUGAGGUCUCACAGAAGAAGCACGACUACACAGAUGCUUUGGAGAAGUACAACAAAGCCUUAGAACUGGCGCCAUCUGCAGGUCAGCUACUGGGACAGCGUGCUGAGCUACACUUGGAGAGUAAGAACUACAGCCAGGCCAUCCAGGAUGCAGAGAGCCUGUGUAGACUCAACCCUCUCUGGCCAAAGGCCCACUACAUCAAGGCCUCAGCCCUGAGUAAAGCCAACCGCAACGAUGAGGCCUUAAAGGAGUACUUCAUGUGUGUGGCACUGAAACCUGAUUGGAUGAUGGUGAAGCUGGAAGCCCAGAAGGUGCUUAGUGAGCUGUUCUCGUCAGUGUUUGAAAAGGAUGGUCAGCCCACUCCCAUACAUCCUCUACAGGGUGGUCCCUCCACUCGCCUCCUUAAGCCCCCCGCCCUGUACGGCUCUCUAAACCCCUUCACCAUGCCACAGAAGCCUGGCUGCUCCUCACAGGACUUAGAGUUCAGAGUGAGUAAGAGUUCUUUGUGCGAUGGUCCCUCAGACUCCUCCAAACAUCCCCUGUCCCCCAGCAGUAAAGCUGAGAAGCUCUUGCUAGAAGAUGCCAAGGGCCUGGCCAGUGUCCUGGCUGCCCAGCCUGCCCCCCCAGGCAGCCUCAAGAGGAGACACAGUGGGGAUGGCAUAGCCUUCAGCCCUCCCUCCAAACUUCUCAGACCAGAUGAAGCCUGCUCCUCCUCUCACCUUCCUGCUGCUUACCUCUGGGGAAGGACGGUGUCCAAAGACCUGCUUGACAGUAGAGAUAUGGAGUGCUCCCUCUGUAUGAGGCUGUUCUUUGAGCCUGUCUCCACCCCCUGUGGACACACCUUCUGCCUCAAGUGUCUAGAGCGCUGUCUGGACCAUAACCCCAACUGCCCUCUCUGCAAAGAGAACCUCUCAGAGUAUCUGGCCACAAGAGGGUUCAACAAGACCCUGCUGAUGGAGGAAGUGCUGCAGCGUUACCUGGGAGAUGAGCUGGCAGAGAGGAAGAAGAUCCAUGAGGAGGAGAUGAAGGAACUGGCAAACUUGAACCAGGAAGUGCCGAUCUUUGUGUGCACCAUGGCCUUCCCCACCAUCCCCUGUCCACUGCACAUCUUCGAACCACGCUACCGCCUCAUGAUCCGCCGCUCCAUGGAGACCGGUACCAAACAGUUUGGUAUGUGCAUCGCUGAUGAGUUGAAGGGUUUUGCUGAUUACGGCUGCAUGCUGGAGGUCCGGGACGUCAAGUUUUUUCCUGAUGGGAGGUCUGUGGUCGACACCAUCGGUGUGUCCCGCUUCAAAGUACUGAGCCACGGCCAGAGAGACGGAUACAACACGGCCAAGAUCGAGUACCUGGAGGAUAAGAAGGUGGAGGGCCAGGAGUUCGUGGAGCUGCAGAAGCUUUAUGUCUCUGUGUACGACCAGGCCAGCGGCUGGUUCACCUCCCUUAAAGACAACAUGAAGAGCCAGAUAAUCAGCCACUUUGGACACCUACCUGGGAAGGACCCUGACCCACAGGGUAAUCCCAGUGGUCCAGCGUGGGCUUGGUGGCUGUUGGCUGUGCUGCCUCUUGACAACCGUGCCCAGCUCACCAUCCUGGCCAUGCCCUCCCUCAAGGACCGCCUCAUUGCCAUCCGCAGGGUCUUGAUCUUUGUCACGCGCAAGAGACCCCGAUGACCGCUCAGCCGCCACCACAACCGCGUAGACCAUGCAUGGUCAUUCACUGAUUCAGUAAACCCACUCAGCUUUCAUAUGAGGGAAAUGCCUUUGACUCCUUUACAAAUGGCGCUCUCUGAAUCUGAAGAAGCCGUUGGAUUGUAGGGGGGUAGGAUAGGGAGGUCAUUGUUUCUGGUUAUCCAUCCACCAAUCAAUGUCCAGUUCACCUGUCCUCUGUCACAAUAACUGGAAAGAUGGACUUCUGUCACGCUAUUUCUCAACUUCUUAUGUCCCCUCAAGGGAGGGAAUAAGAGAGCACGAAAUCAGACUGGUGACUGUCAGUAUGUGCCAGAACUGAACAGAACUGGGCCGACCAAUUAACGGUGUUGCGUCCACAAUGUUGUGACUUGGUGUACAUUUCUAUUUUAAGAAAAAUAAAAAAGACUUGACAAGUACCAAAAAAAUGUGUAACUGAAAAAGCCAAUAGUAAAUGUAUUGUGUUGUCUUCAGUUUGGGUGUUAUGUUUCUGUUUAACCCCUGCUGACUAUGUUGAGACUCAUAAAACCCAGAGUGAUAGAAACCUCCAAAUGAAGUAGAAAGUGUACAUAUGAGAAUGUGCUCCUGCUUAAAUGGCCUCUUCAUUUCUACAUGACUGGGGAAAUGGAUGCAAAACUAGAUGUUUUGCAUCUAGCCCAGUCAUAUGUACAGUUUGAAGUUUACAUACACCUUAGCCAAAUACAUUUAAACUCAAGUUUUUCACAAUUCUUGACAUUUUAAUCCUAGUAAAAAUUCCCAGUCUUAGGUCAGUUAGGAUCACCACUUUAUUUUAAGAAUGAAAUGUCAGAAUAGAGAUUUAUUUCAGCUUGUAUUUCUUUCAUCACAUUCCCAGUGGGUCAGAAGUUUACAUACAUGGGAAUUAGUAUUCAGUAGCAUUGCCUUUAAAUUGUUUAACUUGGGUCAAACGUUUUAGAUUCCCACAAUAAGUUGGGUGAAUUUUGACCCAUUCCUCAUGACAGAGCUGAUGUAACGGAGUCAGGUUUUUAUGCCUCCUUGCUCGCACACACUUUCAGUUCUGUCCACAAAUGUUCUAUGGGAUUGAGGUCAGUGCUUUGUGAUGGCCACUCCAAUACCUUAUCUUUGUUGUCCUUAAGCUAUUUUGCCACAACUUUGGAAGUAUGCUUGGGUUCACUGUCCAUUGGGAAGACCCAUUUGAGACCAAGGUUUAAUUUCCUGACUGAUGUCUUGAGCUGUUGCUUCAAUAUAUCAACAUUUUCCUGCCUCAUGAUGCCAUCUAUUUUGUGAAGUGCACCAGUCCCUCCUGCAGCAAAGCACCCCCACAACAUGAUGCUGCCACCCCUGUGUGUCACGGUUGGGAUGGUGUUCGAGUUUGCGAGUCUCCCCCUUUUCCCUCCAAACAUAACGAUGGUCAUUAUGGCCAAACAGUUCUAUUUUUGUUUCAUCAGACCAGUGGACAUUUCUCCAAAAAGUACGAUCUUUGUCCCCAUGUGCAGUUGCAAACCGUAGUCUGGCUUUUUUAUGACGGUUUUGGAACUGGCUUUUUCCUUGCUGAGUGGCUUUUCAGGUUAUGUGGAUAUAGAUACUUUUGUGCCUGUUUUCCUCCAGCAUCUUCACAAGGUCCUUUGCUGCUGUUCUUUUCGUACCAAAGUAUGUUCAUCUCUAGGAGACAGAAUGCGUCUCCUUCCUGAGCGGUAUGACAGCUGCGUGGUUCCAGGUCUUGGCUGAUAUCUUUUUAUUUUCCCAUGAUGUCAAGCAAAGAGACACUGAGUUUGAAGGUAGGCCUUGAAAUACAUCCACAGGUACACCUCCAAUUGACUCAAAUGAUGUCGAUUAGCCUUUCAGAAGUUUCUAAAGCCAUGACAUUUUCUGGAAUUUUCCAAGCUGUUUAAAGGCAGUCAACUUAGUGUAUGUAAACUUCUGACCCACUGGAAUUGUGAUACAGUGAAAUAAUCUGUAAACAAUUGUCUUAACUGACUUACCAAAACUAUAGUUUGUUAACAAGAAAUGUGUGGAGUGGUUGAAAAACGAGUUUUAAUGACUCCAAUCUAAGUGUGUAAACUUCCGACUUCAACUGUAUGUCUCAAUAAGUGGUAAAGUAAUAAUUGCGCAUAUCAAAGAAAUGCUAAAGAGUCCUUAAAUUGGUUUAAAUGCAGAUUGAAGAGAUUUGGGGUUAAAAUCAGACAUUUUUGUAAACUGUCAGUAAAAUAGAGACAUGCAUUUCUCCACUGUAAUUUGACAUGGUUUAUGAACAUACUUUUGUAUGUAUGUGGAUCAAGCUAUUUCAGGAGUGUAGAGAGCAGCACCGGGGUCUUGAGGUUACAAGUGGAGGGACCACCCUGCAGAGGAUGUAUGGGAGUGGGCUAGCGAGGGUGUACAAAAUCAAGCACACAGCCAUGCAAUAUCCAUAGAUGAUCUGUGACUUUCAACAUGGCACCGUCAUAGGAUGCCACCUUUUUAACAAGUCAGUUUGUCAAAUGUCUUCCCUGCUGGAGCUGCCCCAUUCAACUGUAAGUGCUGUUAAUGUGAAGUGGAAAAGUCUAGGAGCAACAACGGCUCAGCCGCGAAGUGGUAGGCUACACAAGCUCUCAGAACCAGACCGUUGAGUGCUGAAGCCGGUACAAAUAGUCUGUCCUCGGUUGCAACAUUCACUACCGAGUUCCAAACUGCCUCUGGAAGCAACCUCAGCACAAUAACUGUUAGUCGGGAGCUGAAUGAAAUGGGUUUUCAUGGCCGAGCAGCCGCACACAAGCCUAAGAUCACCAUGCGCAAUGCCAAACGUCGGCUGGAGUGGCAUAAAGCUCGCCGCCAUUGUAGUCUUGAGUAGUGGAAACACGUUCUCUGGUAUGAUGCUUCACCAUUGCAGUCUGACGGACAAAUCUGGAUUCGGUGGAUGCCAGGAGGAGAACACUACCUGCCCGACUGUAAUGUUUGGUGGAGGAGGAAUAAUAGUCUGGGGCUGUUUUUCAUGGUUCGGGCUAGUCCCCCUUAGUUCCAGUGAAGGGAAAUCUUAACGCUACGGCAUUUGACAUUUUAGACCAGGGGUGGGCUACUCCAGUCGUCAGGGGCCUGAUUGGUGCCACACUUUUUAUCCACCCCUAACAAAACACAGAAGAUUAAUCAAAUUGCAUUACAAACUGAAUAUCAUGAUUAGCUGAUUAUUGGAGUCAGGUGUGUUAGCUGAGGCUGGGGCAAAACUGUGACACCAAUCAGGCCGUUGAGGACUGGAGUAGCCCACCCCUGGUCUAGAAUGUCAUAUGUCGUAGCGUUAAGAUUACCUUUCACUGGAACUAAGGGGGACCAUGAAAAACAGCCCCAGACUAUUAUUCCUCUGUGCUUCUAACUUUGUGGCAACAGUUUAGGGAAGGCUCUUUCCUGUUUCAGCAUGAUAAUGCCCCCGUGCACAAAGCGAGGUCCAUAUGGAUUUUUUGUUGUUUUGAGAUCAGUGUGGAAGAACUUGACUGGCCUGCACGGAGCCCUGACCUCAACCCCAUCAAACACCUUUGGGAUGAAUUGGAAGUUGACUGCGAGCCAGGCCUAAUCGCCCAACCUCACUAACGCUCUUGUGCUGAAUGGAAGCAAGUUCCCACAGCAAUGUUCCAACAUCUAGUACAAAGCCUUCCCGGAAGAGUGGAGGCUGUUCUAGCAGCAAAGGGGGGACUAACUCCAUAUUAUGCCCAUGAUUUUGGAAUGAGAUGCUCGAGCAGGUGUCCACAUACCUUUGGUCAUAUAGUGUUUGAUAGUUUGAUUACAUUAAACUAUGAUAAUCCAAAUGAUAGUCCAAAACAACGAUAAUGUACUGUACGUGUAGAAUUACUUUGUUUCACCUUGAUCUGUUUGAAACGUAACUCCUUUUUGGGUGGUGAUAUGACAUGCUGUAUUCCCCAUGUAUAUUUGUAAAAUGAGCUGCAUCAAUUUUGUAUCUGGAAUAAUAAAAAAGUUCAGAUAUGUCUGAAAUGUAAAUGUA